GAGAGGAGGGGGAAACACAGUAGGGGUUUCUUUCUAGUUUGGGGGGGGGGACUUUAAAGAGCCGCCAAUAUGAACGGAACAGAAGGCCCAAACUUUUACAUACCCAUGUCCAACAAGACUGGGGUGGUGCGAAGCCCCUUUGAAUACCCUCAGUAUUACCUGGCAGAGCCAUGGCAAUAUUCCAUUCUGUGCGCGUACAUGUUCCUGCUCAUUCUACUUGGGUUCCCAAUCAACUUCAUGACCUUGUACGUCACCAUCCAGCACAAGAAGCUCCGGACACCCUUAAACUAUAUCCUGCUGAAUUUGGCCUUUGCCAACCACUUCAUGGUCCUGUGUGGAUUCACGGUGACAAUGUACUCCUCAAUGAACGGAUACUUCAUCCUCGGAGCCACCGGUUGCUAUGUUGAAGGCUUCUUCGCUACCCUUGGUGGUGAAAUCGCCCUUUGGUCCCUGGUGGUCUUGGCCAUUGAACGAUACGUGGUCGUCUGUAAGCCCAUGAGCAACUUCCGAUUUAGUGAGAACCAUGCCGUCAUGGGCGUAGCGUUCACCUGGAUAAUGGCUUUGUCCUGUGCUGUUCCUCCACUCCUUGGAUGGUCCAGGUACAUCCCCGAGGGCAUGCAGUGCUCCUGCGGAGUCGACUACUACACCCUGAAGCCCGAGGUCAACAACGAGUCCUUCGUCAUCUACAUGUUCGUCGUCCACUUCACCAUCCCCCUGAUUAUCAUUUUCUUCUGCUAUGGCCGCCUGGUGUGCACUGUGAAAGAGGCUGCAGCUCAACAGCAAGAGUCCGCCACCACCCAGAAGGCCGAGAAAGAGGUGACCAGGAUGGUGAUCAUCAUGGUGGUCUUCUUCCUUAUCUGUUGGGUCCCCUACGCCUCUGUCGCUUUCUUCAUCUUCAGCAAUCAGGGCUCUGAGUUCGGCCCCAUCUUCAUGACCGUCCCAGCUUUCUUUGCCAAGAGUUCUUCCAUCUACAACCCCGUCAUCUACAUCAUGCUCAACAAGCAGUUCCGUAACUGCAUGAUCACCACCCUGUGCUGCGGCAAGAAUCCCUUUGGAGAAGACGAUGCCUCCUCUGCCGCCACCUCCAAGACAGAGGCUUCUUCUGUUUCUUCCAGCCAGGUGUCUCCUGCAUAAGACCUUCCACCAGGCCUGUCUCAGGGUCCGCUGCCUCACACAGCUCCCACCGCCCCAACUCCGUCUCCUGCUCGCUAAGGCGGCGAAGUUCCCCUUCCAUUACAUAAAACGUAUCUGUUCAAGAAAGGCGACGACGAAGGAGAAGAAGAGGAGCCCCCCCGAACCCCUUCGCUGCUGAAAACGACUUGAUUGCUUCUGCAACGCAACGGGGCCCUUACGGCAGCGAAGGGGUUGUCAUCCGGACGCGCCAAGAAUUCCUUCGAGACUGUAAAUAUCUUAAAGGAACCGUCCUGCUAGUUACCGCGACGCCGCUCCUGUAGCCGCCGUUCCCCCGCACUCCGGCCGGUUCAUACCUCUUAUUUUUUUGCAAUGCAACAGAAAAUAAUAUUUUUGUUCCCACGGCUUUUCCCGGUCAGGUCUGGUAGUGGCGGAGAUUGGCCGACCCCUCGCACCUGUAAUAAAGCGCAGCAAAAAAAAAUCCAAAAAAAUAAAACAUCUUAUGUCAUUGACGUUCCCAGCAGACCUGACCUCAUCGCCCCGCCAUCUGGAGACCAUGUGACCCCCCCAGGCAUUAAAUAUUGGUAUGAACCACCGUGCCCUACCGCUACUACUACUCCCAAUCUUCACACGUCAGCCCCAGGUAAAGCCAGUUCAUUGGCAUCUUCUAGGAUUUAAAGAUGUUGCCCAUGAGCGCCAGUAAGUCCAUGCCACCUGUCUGCAGCCCUCAGCUUGGCAGGUGCCCCCCGAGAGAUGUCUGCAAUGGCCGCUCUCCAUGUUCAAGGAGCGACAUGGAGGAAGCCAUUCUCGCUCAAAGAGCUUACGAUCCCUCAUUAAAAACUAUGGCCUAGCCCCAAAAUAUCUACCCAAUGGUCACUUACCCCAUUAGUUUCCUGUCCCGGAAAUGCCAUUGGCCAGUGAAGAGCCUUCAAGGUCAUGUCCUGUCCUCGCCACCUCUUAUAUUUCCAGUGACAGGAGAUGCCGACAUCUUGGGCGUUCCCCUCCCCCAGGUUGAUGCUCCAGGGCCCGUAUUUUGCAUGAGCAGAGUCAGAAGGGGUCAAACCCCCACCCCCAGCAUCCUCCUGUGCCCCCAUUACAGUUCUGAUGAUGUAAAUAGAAAAUUUACCUGCAAGUUUCGGUGUAGGAGUGCGUGUAUGCGUAGACCCCCACCCCCCGC